GAGCGCAUUUUGUGUAAACCAAGUGAAGAGCUUCUCUAGUCCUCCACAAGCUCAGCAGCGCAGCCAUGGCUGUUGGAAAGAACAAGCGGAUUUCCAAGGGGAAGAAGGGAGGCAAGAAGAAAGCAGCUGAUCCCUUCGCUAAGAAGGACUGGUAUGAUAUCAAGGCGCCGAAGGUGUUCAGUACGAGAAACAUAGGCAAAACUCUAGUUACUCGUACUCAGGGUACAAAGAUUGCUUCUGAAGGUCUCAAGCACCGUGUGUUUGAGGUGUCCUUGGCUGACCUUCAAGGUGAUGAGGACCACUCCUUCAGGAAGAUCCGUUUGAGAGCUGAAGAUGUUCAGGGAAAGAAUGUUCUCACAAACUUCUGGGGCAUGGAUUUCACCACUGACAAGCUGAGAUCUCUCGUGAGGAAAUGGCAGUCACUAAUUGAGGCUCAUGUUGAUGUCAAGACUACCGACAACUAUACUUUGAGGUUGUUCUGCAUUGCCUUCACGAAGAAGCGCGUGAACCAGCAGAAGAGGACAUGCUAUGCACAGUCGAGCCAGAUUCGCCAGAUCCGGAGGAAGAUGAGGGAGAUCAUGGUGAACCAAGCACAAUCUUGCGAUCUCAAGGAUUUGGUUCAGAAGUUCAUUCCCGAGUCUAUUGGCAAAGAGAUCGAGAAGGCAACCCAAAGCAUCUACCCUCUUCAGAAUGUGUAUAUCAGGAAGGUUCAUGGAGAUCAUGAAGAAAUUGGUGUGAAGCUGGAAAGGCCAGCUGAGGAGCCAAUGGUUGAGGUGACUGAAGUUGUUGGUGCCUAGAUUUGGAUUACAUAUUCGAUUUCAAUUAUGUCCUUUUCAGUUACAUGUACUCAGUUUUCUUGGAGAGAUUUAGGAUGAAAUUCCUCUCAAGAGAUUUGCUAAGGAGUUGUUUGUUUCUGUUUUAAGUUUUUGUUAUAUUGUACCCUGAAUUUUGUGACCAUUAUGAAUAAUUUUACGUUUUCACUCUUUGCUUGGAAUUUGCCUUUGCUUUUAUUAAAUACGUCUUAAGAUGCCACCAGGUUUUGGAUAAAAUAAAAGGUAAAACAAAGGAUGAAUACUAAAGAUUACUUGUGUUAAUCUCUAUCACUCAUUCAACCAAUAAAUUUGUGUUUGACCGCGUACGAGUUGAGCUUGAGAACCUUGAAUUUGAGCUGAUUCAAGCAUUUAUUUAUUUUUGUCAAGUU